UGGGGAGGGGAUAAGGGCGGGUGGUUUUUCUGAGUUUUAGGUGGGACGUUCUGAAACGACACGUUUUUUGAUUUUGGCUAAAGACGGCAUAAUCCUAAUUGAUAGACCACUGGGAACGCUUUGAAAAUAGAUGGAAAGAUGAUCAGAGCGGCUUUUUAAGUCAGUAUGUUCAUUUAUUCACUGAGGCACGGUUUGCACAACAUUUUCCUUCUGGUUGUGGUGAUUAAUGAACAUUGUGUGAAUUUAGAGAUCUAGUUUGAAUAUUAGCAUGAAGCAGCAGCUCCACCAUCCCUGUUUACAAUCUGAACUUUCACCAGAAUGACCCUCAUGGAGUUGUUCACAUCACUCUCGCAUUCGCUGAAAUGUGACAUCAACAACUAUCAAAGAGCCAUGCAUGCAUAAAGACUGACAAACAAUACAGACAAACAAAACAUAACAAAACAGAGACAUCAGCUUCACAGUAUUUAAAUUGAUCUGCAUCCAAUUUCAGUUUUCAUUCGUUUUGUGUCUAGCCUGUUUAAAAACUCCACUCAGAUCAUCCUUAGCUUUAUUUUCAAAGCAUUCUCAGUUGUUUUUAAAUUAUGAUUAUGCUGUCUUUAGCUAAAAAAGAACAAUUAGUCAUUUUCUAGGACAUAGUUUCUACAGACCUGCAGGAGUUUAUUCAAAAUUCACCUUUAAGAUGUGGGCAGGACCAUUGGCAAGUAGCAGCACCGCCACCCUCUCUCCCCUCUCCUUUUCUGAGAGCUCUCUGUUUACACUCUUUCACUAUCUUACAACGCCCAUCACCCCCAAUCUAACAUUAACAGUGCAACAAAAAUGGCGAGCAAUAUCUCAGCCAUCCAGCUGUACAGAUUGGAUCCAGACAAUGAAAACGAAGGCGUACUCCGAUCCAGUCGUCUACAAGUGGAUGCGUUGGAAUGGGGCGGAGCUUGUAGCCCACCCGGCAUAUGUUCGACGUCACAAAUACAAUCUUUUUCCAACGUCAUUUUUGUUCCGUCUGCUUCUGAUUUACGAUUUGAAUAAAUAAAUAUUCAGAAAGGCACUUUUGAGCUCAGUUUUCUAAAUAAAUGUCCUCCAUCAUUAGAAAAACGCCAAGCACAUGUCUAAAGGACAAAAAGCAGCAUUUUCUUUAAAUCUGUGAUACCCCCCCAGAAUUCUGUAAAAGUUUCCUGUUUUAUUUAUUUUUUUCCCCAGCAGACCUUUAUACAAUUUAGGCUAAAAGUGAGACACACGAGUUUUUCCCCAAAUUUCCCAAACUGUGUCUUUGUGUCUGAGUUUUGUGUCUACCAAAGGCCGUCACUUUGUCAGGUCUUUGUAUUAUUUUGCUCUCUUGGACUACUUGCCCUUUCAUCAAGCAGAUGAACACAUUUUUGUUCCCCUUAGCGCUCGGUUUCUGCCUCGUUUGAGGUAUUUCAACAUUUCCUCUAGUCUUGUGUGCUUUCUGUCUCAUUCAUUUCCUGUUUUCUAUAUGUUUGGGUCUUGGCCGCCCGCUCUGGUUCUAUUUUUUUUGCCCGGAUGAAUUUCAGCUGCAGCUGUGGGACACAGCAGGACAAGAGCGCUUCAGGAAGUCAAUGGUGCAGCAGUAUUACCGCAAUGUCCACGCCGUGCUCUUUGUCUAUGACGUCACCUGCCCCGCCAGUUUUAGAGGGCUGACAGCCUGGGUGGAGGAGUGUCGCCAGAACUCUUUGGGUCACGAAAUACCCAGAUUUCUGAUCGGGAAUAAAUCCGACCUUCGAGAUGCCAGUAAAGCUGAUCGUCAGGUGAGCCAAGAGCUGGCUCUGAGCUUCGCCAAAUUCCACAGCAUGGUCUUCUUUGAGACGUCCGCCAAGAACUCGCUGCAUAAGAUCGCGAAAGGACGGCACAGCACCAGGGAGACGGCGUACCAGCGGGACGAGGUGGAGGACAUUGUCUCUGCUGUUGGCGCUGCUCUUAAAAGACACAAGAAACCUUCCACCGUGACCUCCCUGACAUACAGCGGCUCCUUUAAAAUCCUCAACAGGAGGAGACCAGAGAAAGAUCCGUGGACUUGCUGCUGAUUGUGGUGCAUGUUUUCAGAUGAGAUUUUUUUUUUUCUACCAAAAACAGAAACGUGGAAAUCCUAAGUGUCCCUCCCACAGAGAGUUUUCACAUUUGUCCCUUUUACAAAUGGGAGCUAUUCAGAAAUGUGUAUAUUUGUGCUUUUUAAUGUUUAUGAUGGCUGCAAAAUAAAAAACAGUGAUUCUAAACAUCCAGGUGAC